AUGGUCAGCAUCAUGAAGUUCUGGACACCUCUACUCAUGGCAUUCCUGUAUAUGGUGCUACUGUCUGUGCUGGGAGAAAUUAAGCAAAGAUCAACAUUUAAAUCAAGGGAUAAAACGUUAAUUGAGGAGUGCUGGGGAGAGCCAAACAUCGAUGACUGUACCAAGAAGUGUUCUAAAACCUUUAUAUGUGUAAGGGUAAAUUACACAUGCUGCUGGACCUACUGUGGAAACAUCUGUUGGAGAGCUAGAAAAACCUCUGAAAGAUAG